AUGUAAAAGAGCCAAAUUGAUACUUCAAUUGGCUCAGUCAGUACUCAGUCAAUUGUGCAGACAAGCCAGCGCACUAAAGAAAAUUUGACUAAGUUUUUGCAAUCAAUCUCCCCUGAAUGCAAGCAAAUAAUGCAAACUAUAGCUUCUAUUGAACAAGAUUUGAGAUUAAGAAUCAAAAUGUACGGUCAAGAUUCGUCUUAAACUUUUGAAUGUUUGUAGCAUUUUGUCAUCACUUGCAAUGAUCAUGCCCUCCAUCUCAUUAAACUAGGAGAAUUCAGAGUCGCUACUGAAAUUCUACACUAAUGCGAGUAUUUAUUGCUGAGUCCAAUUGGUCAGAACUAUCCGAACUUCAAAUUCCAAACUUUCAAUAAUUUAGCUCACUCUCAUAACGUCCAAGCAAAUGUAAGACUGAGUUUGAAGUAUCUGCUAAGAUCAUUGGAUUAUGCACUCCAGAUAGACGGUGUUGAGCAGCCUUAAAUGAAUAGACAAUAACCCUUGAUCUCCCUAGUUGAGACUUAUCUUAAUAUUUGCAACGCUUAUUCAUUUCUGAGUUAAUAUGAGCCUGGAUUAGAAUAUGCUGAAAAAGCUAUAUUAUUGUCAUACAAGUUAAUCAAUGAUUUGAUGGAAAUUUUAAAUGACCAAAAUUUAACUCCUGAUGAUAGAGACUUUUUCACAGAAUAAUUUCACAGCUAAGUGAACUUACAUGCAAUGAGUUUCCACACAAAGGGACAGAUAUAUGAAAAAUUAAAGCAGUUAGAAGAAGCUAUAAUGGAGUAUUAGUCUGGAAAAUAGGUUAUUGAAACAAAUUAUGGCCAUUAGCACAAGUAAUGCAUUGAGUUCAUAAAUGCAAUCAAUGCUGUAAAGCUUAAAAUUAAGUAUUUCUAGCACAGUAACUUGCCUGGUUCUGAGUCUGCAUCUAAUAUACUUGCUAAUAGAAAACCCUCAUUAGAAGCUAACGUUUAUACUAAUUUACAAGUUAAUUCAUAAGGUUCAACUGUUCAUUAAAACCUUUUCCUGCAAGAAUAAGAAAAAAUCAAACCAAUAAGUUAAUAGUAAAAGAAAAAAAUAAGACCUUCAAGCGCUAAAUUAUAGAAAGAUUAAGCCUAUUUUUCAAAGUAAAUAGUGCCAAUUCUUAAUCAGUCUAUCAAUCAUGAACUUAUACAUAAAAGUAACAGCCAAAGAACGUCUUCAAAGGGUGCCAGUAUUGCAAAAAUUAAGAAUAGAAGUUUACGAAGAGUUAUGAUUCCUGGAGGACCUUAUCUCGCACGAAAUGUUGUAACCGUUCAAAGUCCAUCCUUCUCUGCUAAAAGCACUGUUAGCUCAGGAUUAGAUCACAAAGGCCACUCUUCUCAGAGAAAGAAGCUAGUUAGAAAAAUAAGGAAUUUCCACAAUGCUCCAGCUCAUUAAAACCAUAAUUCACAUAAAGAGUGUGGAGAUUGUCACAAGCAAAUUGAAGAGAUUCGCAGGUUGCAAAUUGAACAGUAAAAAUUGGUAAAUCUUGUAGUCCAAUCUCAAUCAGUAGUAAAUCUGAAUUCUCAAUAACUUCAGGCGAAUGUCUCGCCUUUCUAGAAUUCAUAGUCAUCAGCUACAAUUUAAAAUUUCCAACACCAUUAGACCAAUAACUCAAUAAAUCAAUAAUAUCAAAUGCAAUAAAUGCAAAAUUCAGGCAUCUACAAUCAAAAUUUGCAAAUGAGUAAUAGUUUCCAAAAUGGUAUGCCUAUGGGAUAUCCAGCCCCUUAUCCCUUUUACUAUCCUUAUGGGCCUCCACCACAGUACAUGCUACCACCUCCUCCUCCCUAAUAUGGUUACUAUCCCUCUUCUAAUGUGAAUGGAUAUGGAACAGGCAUUUUUCUUCCACCUAUGAGAACUUAACACCCAAUGACUAAUAAUUACAUGAAUUCUAGCUAGAGCCAACAAGAUAACAUGAGAUCUACUCCUGAUAAGAUUGAAGUUUAAAUCGAUUAGGAUUCUCAAAAGAGUUUCUUCCCUUAGUAUCAGCAUUAAGAGCAAUAGAAGUAAUCUGUGAGUAGUCUAAAGCAUUCCAGUAAUUAGUAUAAUAUUGUUACUCCUGAUCAAAGAAGUGCCAACUCUCAUUUAAUGCCUAAUUUUUACCCUAAAAUGCACUCAGAUGAUAAAGGUCCUCAUCAUCAUAUGAUGUAGUCAACCUAUACUGACAUUAAUGAGAGAGACUCAAGAUUUGGCGAAGACUUUGAAAGAGAACUUCGAGAAACUAAGAUUAGUUAGAGCAAUGGAUUUCAAUACAGAUCACAAUUCGCAAAUCCCAACCUUUAAAAUACAGAUGAAAAGACUUUGGAAUCUCAGAGAAAUCCUUGGAAAAAAGAAGAAUAGCCCUCAAUGAAGAAAAUCAAAAGAGAAUCCUAACGGGAUGUAUUUGAGAAGUUAAAAGUAGCAGCUAUUAAGAUCUAGAAAUACUACAGACGAUAUGCCUGUUAAAAGAACUUCAAACAACUUUUAGCUCAGAGAAGAUAAAAAUUCUAGUUUCAUAGAUAGAUAUAUGCUCAUAAGCAAAACAAGAAAUCACCUAAACAGGUUUUGCUCAUCGCAUCAUUAAUAGUUGUACUUGAAAAAAAUUAAAACAUGAAUAAAAAGCAGCCAUAGAUGGUCACACUAGAAAUUUAUGUCCCCAAUGAUAAAAAAAUAAUAUUUGAAUAGCAAUUGACCAUUACUUAAUUGGGAUUCAACAAGAGUACAGUCACUAACAUUGAAAUCUUCAACAAAGUUAAGAACAUGUUAUCUUAACUUCAUUUGACUGGAGAUCCAAAGAAUGAUUUGAUUGAUUAACUGCAGGAUUUAUUGAAAAAAUUAGGUAAACACGAGUAUAAAUAGACUAUUGUAUUUAUUGAACCAUAAUAUUUCUCAGAGGGAUUAGAACUCAUCAAGAAUAUCAAAGUUGACAAGCCUCCUCCACAAAGAAGGAAAUCUUCUUCCAGUUCAAGUGAAAAAUUCAAGUAAGAGAGUGCUUAAGAUGAAGAACCUAUUGAUGAAUCAAUAGAGGAUAAUUAUAGUGAUUUUAAAUCCGAGAAAGGUGACCAAAAGAAAGAUCUUUCUCUAUCAAAAUCUUCUUCAGAGUCUAUAAAACCAUUGCCUGUUCAAAUACCAGUUGUUUAGCCAAUCAAACAAAAGUCAUUAUCCUCAAAAUCUUCAAAGAAAUCUUCAUCUAGUCAUUCAGAAGAAGAAGCUUAUGAGGCAUUUGAAGAGGAGCCUAUUGAAGAUGACUAUGAAGAUAAGCUAAAUGAUAAGCUAUCGUAAUCUUUAUCACAAAAGAGUAUUGACAAACCUCUGAAAAUGGAUGAAUUAUCAAAAAGUUCUAAGAAGUCAUCAGUUAAGAGUGAAUCAGAUAAAGAGGAGGUAAUUGAUUCAGAUGAAGAAAUCCUGAGAAGACUGGUUCCUGUCCCUUAACCACCUAAAUUAAUACUAAUAAAUAAGAAAAAACUUGAAUAGGCAGCAAUCACAAUCUAAAAGAAGGCUCGUCAAUUCAUUGCCAAAAAGGAUUGUGAGAAUAAAAAGAAGUCUAAAGUUAAGCUAUGCUAAUAUGUAGUAAUUAAUCUUAAAGACUCAGCUUAAGUUACAAUAACAGAGAAAUUUAAGAAGAAAAAUAGUAAAGUCAAAAUGGUGGUAAAAAAUCUCAAAAAAGAGAUGAAGAAAAAUAGCAUCAAGAAAAAACUACAGAGAAACUAACUACCUAAAUAAGAGGAAUUUGUUGCAGAAUAUGUAAAGAAGCAUCUUAUAAUUAGCUGGAUUAAGGGAAGAAUAGUUGAUGCCGAAUUUAAUCCUAGUAAUGCCAAUUAUUCCUAAAAUCCAUAGUAACUAAAAAUGAAAAGAAACUAUGAAUCUGAAUCUGAAUCAGAGAGUGAUAAGGAGGAAGAAAAAGAAUCUAUUAGUUAACAUUCAGUAGUCGAGGAGGAAAUUGAAUAAGAAAAGCCUGUAGAGAGUGAUUCAGACCAAGGCUACAGCUAGCUUGAUGAAGGAGCUGAAAGCGAAAAGUAUGAGGAUGCGUUUUAUCCAAAAAAUAAAGUUCUUACCUUUGAGGAACUAUUAAAAAUGGAGAAGGAAGAGGCUUCAAUUGUAUCAUCAUAGCAAACUUCUUUUGUUUAAACUAAAGAAAAGGCAGCAAUAAAACCAGUUAAUUAAAAGCAACUUGAGUAUCAAAGGAAAUUGAUUAAAGCUCAAGCACUAGUAAGGGGGCACUUAACUAGAGUUUAGUACAAUCAUCUCAUCAACCCAGACGAAGCGAGAUAUACUAUGAUCGCAAGAUAAUGCAGAAGACUAAGUGAUGGCAAGCUUUAUUUUAUCUUUCUGAUGUCUUCCAAAUUGAAUAUGGUUCGAUCAAGUAAUGAUCCAUUCUAUAUUGUCAUCUUAAGAGAAGUGGAGAACAUCAACGAGAUUUAUGACUUAGAAUUGUCUCUUGAUGUAGCUAAAAGAAUUUUUGUGAGAAAUAAAAAUGCUUCUACAGCCGAGGUAAAUAGUAGGAUUAUGUUUAAGACAAAUAGAGCUGAGUUUAUGAUGAUGCUUGAAUGCCUUGAUAUAGUUAAUGAGGAUUUCUCAUUGAAUUUCAAAAAAUUCAGAGAAAUGUAAGAUCGCCAUGAGCAAUUAAGAAUCAACACAUCAAAUCAUUAAGACCAUGCAAGACAAAUGCCAGUAUAAAAUAAGAGGAAAGAUAGUGAAUCUCCAUCAUCUUCAUCGUCAUCUUCAUCAUCAAGUGAUAGUGAUAAUGACAAAAAGAAGAAAAAAUAAGCAAAAACUCAAAUUAUUAACAGGAAUAAUCCUAAAAUAAGACAAUAGGAAACUAUCUAAGAAGCAGAUUCAAGAUUUGAGGCUUCACCUAUACAAUAAUUAAAUCCUAAAUAGGCAUCAGUAGUUCCACCUCCUAAAUAAAAGAUCUAACAGCCAGUCCCCUAAAAGAAGAAAAAUAAGCUAAAAGCAAUCGAUAAAAAGAUAAUUGCUCUCAUUAUGAUUCAAGCUUAAUUUAGAAAAUUCCUGGCAAUAAAAAGAGCCGAGAAAGUAAGGCUCAUAAACUUCCACAACUAGAGCGAAGACCCAAGCAAGCAUCUCAAAUUAUUCAAGCAAGGUAUCUUUAAAUCUGCCACAUUAUACUUCAUGUAUAUGCUAUACUGUGAUUCAAGUAGGUAGUUUGUGAAGGUUACAAUUAAGGAAGUUAGUAAAAAGAUAACAAUCAUAAGUCAAAAGACAAUCAUGAUGUCAGAAUUUGGAGAUUAGGAUGCAGAUAUUGAAGACAUCCCUGAUUACAUCAGAGGUUUAUUUGAUGAUAAUUGUGAAGAUGUCAUCCUAGACCAGAAAACAGGAAGUUUAAGGAAAGAUUGGAUCUCUUAACUUCACUCAUUUUUAUCUGAAAACUUGUGA